AUGGGUCUGAUCAAGAAGCUCCGCAAGGCCAAGCAGGAGGCCAAGCCCAACGAGAAGCCCGACCUCGUCAAGACCCACCUCCGUGACAUGAUCAUCGUCCCCGAGAUGAUCGGCUCCGUCGUCGGUGUCUACUCCGGUAAGGAGUUCAACCAGGUCGAAGUCAAGGCCGAGAUGGUCGGUCACUACCUUGGUGAAUUCUCCAUCUCAUAG